AUAGCUAGAAGCAGGGUUAGCUUGCUGGCUGCACCAAUGACAGGUCUGCUUCCAGCCCUCCCCUGUUUGAUGCAGGACAUGUGCCCUCUCCGCAUGGCAUUUUGCUGCCCUGAGAAUGAUCAGAGCAGAGCAAUGCUGGUGCUGGCUUGAGACAUGCUGACAGCUUCUGUGUUAUCCGCUGUUCUCCACCUCCCACUAACUUCUCAACUUGUUGUCCUUGCCCCCCCUAUAAUCCCAAAUGCUCUCAUCCCCCCCCUUCCUAUGUUUCAUGCUACCUGUAAUCUCUGGACUAAUUCCUAGCAUCCAUCUCCUGAAGCUGGAUAACCCUCUUAAGAUGGUAAUAAGCUCGAGUCAGCUCAUGAUGCUCCAGCCAACAGCAGACCCUCGGAACCUCCCUGCCUGCAGGCAACCCCAGCAUCCUACCUGCCCUAACCAAGAGCUGUGCCAGAAGCGUUCCCAGCCCAACUUAUCACAAAUAAAGAUACCACCAGAUGAGGGAGUCCGUCACCGCAGCCGCCUGAAGGUUGCUGUCAGCUCUCCAACAGCUGUGAGCAUCUGCUGCAAACUGCAACAGCUUCAUCUCUAUGCGCUGCCUGUAAACAGAUCCCAGGGCUGCAGCUCCCAAACGCGCUGCCCAGCUCUCAGCCUUUGCAUUGUGCACAUGGUAAGCAUGCCAGGUGCUGGUAGCCAUGCGGCCCUGCCUGCAACUUCAUUCUUUUCUCUCUUGCAGUUUUGGAGACUUUUUUCUUCCUCUGUGUUACUUGCUUGGACACGCUCUCAGCACACUCAGUGUUUGGUUACUCAGCACACAAAGUCUUCAUCCCUUAUUGAAACAGUCCCUUGGUGCAUAGAUACUGGGUGUAAACUUUACACUACAAAGCUGGCUGCUGGAAGUGACUUGAAGUUUGUUUAGUUCAUUGCUUCGUGUCUGUUAGCUAGAAAAGAUCAAAGCUUCAUAUAAAGAAGCUUUAAAUAAGUAUAGUAGUUCUACAGCUGGACAGCCAGGCAGAAUUUGAAACCAUUGCCUUCCCCAAAGACGUACAGAUUUUAAUGUUAAAGUGAGAUGAGGAGCUGAGGAAAACAAAGCAACGCAUUUAUCAGUGAGCAGAUAAAGGGUUUGUGUGCACACACCUGUGGAACAGCUGGCACCUUGGUUCGGGGCAGCCUCCCAGCUCUGCCUCCCAGGUCAUGGGGCUGGCUGGGCUUAAAAAUAACUUGUUUUGUUUUCCUUGCAUUAUUUUUAACACGGAUCAAUUACCCAGCCCACACAGCUGCCCGGCGCACUCGGGAGGCAGGGGGGUAAGUGAGCUGAGCACGCAGCCAUGGGACAAACACAGCCAGCCUGUAGCUUGGAGGGCAGCCCCUCUGCCCCUCAUACAUAGCCUGAACCUCUGGUCUAUGUGACAGCUGCCUGCUGUGGGGUCCUGGCUUUACAGGGGCUGUGUGUGCCAUAGCUGUGAGCAGGGAAAGGGCCCUGGUGGGAUUUAGUGCUCCACAGCAGGGCUGCUUCCUUCCUGAAGCUUUGAGCCGAAGGGAAGGUGGUGUCAUUCUAAGGCUGCUUCUGCGUGACGUUCCUGUCUUUAUGUUUAAAUACGUCUCCUAAAUGCUGAAAGCUUGAUAUCUCCUUAGGCUGAGAGUCCGAGGAAUUCCUCUCCUGCCUUUAAUUUCCAAUUAGCUGAGCCUCCCAAGUCUCCCUCCUCUGCCCCAGAGGCUCCGUUAUCGUCCCACCCUCCGUGCAGAGAAGCUUCUGAAAUUGAUGUAACUAAUAAUCGUGGAGAAAGUCCUCCUGCAUUUCCAGUCUGCAGCUACACAAAUGGAGCCCGGGUUUAAAAGCCUGCAGCGACAAAUGGAUUAUUUCGGUGGCAAAUUAGUCUCCGUGGACCAACAAUUCGGGGGAGCUGAACACUGGAAUGGGAAUGCGGAAGAUCAAUUCCCAACACUUAGAGCCAAGGUUAAUGCCCUGCAAACAGUAUUGAGUGCAGCGAUGAGAGAUAACGUGCCUCCGUGUUUCAAAUGCCGAGCAGAAGAGUGCGGUAUUAGAGGCAAAAAUGGGAAAGUUUGUGGGGAUUUGGGGUUGGAAAGCGGCGUUGGGAGGCAAUGUGCUGUCUGCAGUCACCCCAAAGAACACUCAGGGCUGAGCAGGGAUCCUGUGGCUGUCCUUGGCCUGGAGAGCCUGCAGGCUGCGCUCACCGAGUGAUUGACUGCUUCUUCCAUAGCCAAGCAACUGUUUUGCAGUUCAAAUGGCUCCUUUUCCACUUUUCUGAGCGGUUUUAAUACUUGGAAAAGCACUUCUGCUGUUGUUUUCUGCUUCUAUUUGAUACUUUCCAUUUGCUAUCAGAAUGCAGCACAGCAGUGGCUCUCCAAUCAAACUCAGAGUUUUCUAAGUGCGGUUGUGAGGGAGGAACUGAAAUCUCGUCUGAGGUUCCUUCUUUUUGUUGGAAAACAUCUCCUCUAGACACAGAGCAGACCCCAUUGCCUGGUUUUCUUUCUAUCCCGUGCCUCCACUUGGAGUUCUGCAGUUGCUCGAAGUCCAGUCCCAAUUAUAUAAAUACUAAAUAGAUGUGAGCCAAAAGCCUGUGGUCUCUUAGAAGAGCAGAAACCUCUGCCAUCCAACUUACCAGAGCCAGCCUGGCAGCCAACACAUGAUUCUCUGCCUUUUCCCCUCCCAGAGCCACUUCACACCCUCCUAAGUGAUAGGAUACAUAGGCUGGCAGUGCAAUUCCCCCCCACCCUAAAAUAGGGGCAGAAAAGGACCAGCUUGCCAGCAGUGAGGAAUGUGUGCCAAAUGCAUUAGCUCUGGCUCCAAAUCCCCCUCCUGCUUUGGCAGGAGCUCUGUGUCCCCUCCAAAGGCCUGAGCUGGGGUCAGCUCAGAGCACGAUGCUCAGCAGGCAGCACCAGAGCGUGGUCCCUUACUCCUAUUAGUGGGGACACAACGAGCUCGCUGCUCAUAGCACCAAUCCAGAGAACAGGGAGCUGGCUGGGGAGCUGCAUUCCUCUGCUGUUGAAAUAAGAUAUUUCACAUUUGUGGGGGUUUUUAUUUUUAUUUUUAUUAUUAUUAAAAAAAAAAACUGGUUUAAAGUGCAUGCGUUUCCAAAGCUGAAAUUGAAACGAAGCGUUCCAGAGGAUUUGGAUGGAAAUUUCAGUUUCUCGUUUCCCCCUGUGGGGUAUGUUGAAAUUUUGGGCAUUUUGUUCCACUUCACGCUGAAGUUUGAACAUCCUGAACGGAACAGAAACUUCCACACUCAGCACAGCUCUUCUCAUUGCCCGCUGAAGCUGAUUCGAGUUUGCUCUGAAGCCUUCGUGCAAACACUUGCUGCGUUCACGGUCUAACAACACCAGGAUCUUAAAGCACUUUGCAAUCACUCAUUAUCCAUGCAUAGGAAAGAGGGGCAAAGGUGGGCUCCCCAUCCUGCAGUGCCAUCAAGCUGCAGCCCCCCCUCCAUGCACGGAGCAGCUCAGCCCUCCCCAAGCUGCGAGCGGAUGCUGCCACCUCCCCAUGAUGUGAUAUUCCAGAGCUGAAGUCCUUUGACAUCACCGUUGGAAAUCGGUCCUAGGAAAGUUCUUUUUUUGGGUGGAAACUGCGGUAGGAGUCAGAGCUGCUGUUUGAAGAGUUGAACAAUUAGAAGGAAACUCGUUGACUUGUGGAUGUUAAACUCGGUCAGUGGCUCCCUGUGCUAAUGGGGGAUUGAUGGAUGAGGUGCAGUGCUGACAAAAGCCUGGAGAAAUGUUCUUAAAGCCGAGCUGGCACCUUGCGUCAUCUCUGGCAGCUGGAGGGUUGGUGUAACCUUCCAUAGGAUCAGUGCAGGGCUUGGGAAUCUCGUGUAGCUGCUGGAAAACACUGAUGUCCUAUGGGCUGUAACUGCAGAACCAGGUGAGGUGGAACUGUGGGGUAUAAUGGGGUGGCACCGAGCAGGUCUGCCAGGCUGUGAUACCGCAGGCAGGAGGCGGAAGAGCCCCUUCCCAUCUCCUGCUUAUUUCCAUGGGCAGGCAGAGUAAUUCCAUCGCUUCCAUCCGCCAGGAAGAAGAGGAAGCUGCCGGAACAGCUCACAUCUGGUAUUGUCAUUGGUGGGAUGACAAAAGAGAAGAACCCUUCCAGUUCUGCUAUGGGAGCACGGGUGCAGUGCCUGUUCCAGCGGAUGGCUCCGUGCCGCAGCUGUGUUUGCUUCUCUGGAGCAGCUGUUAGGAUUUUCCUGGUGCCAGGGAGAUAAUCUGACUUCAGGGAAAAUCUUACUCUGUGAAGGAGAAGGAGGCACCGAGCUCCUGUGUGGGCUGCCCUUGGCAAUGGAGCCUGGAGAGGGAGGGAGCAACCUCUGCACUGACCUUUAGCUCAUCCCCAGCCAUCCAGCACACAGGUGCCUUCGGCCAGAGGGUUAAAGAGACCUGACAGCCCCUAUGGAUGGAGAAGGAAGGAAGUGGAGCAGUGGAGGAUUCAGCCUGCAGCCUUCUAGAGGCUGUGCAUUGAGAGCUGGAAAUGCAGCAGCAUGGGGUGCAGGCAGAACCCUCGCUGUGCAAGAGCCCCAUCUGACAGCUGGAAGGUGCCCAGGCUGCAGGGGCAGCUCUGUGUCCACAGCCAGGAUGCUGCAAUGGGCACCGGGCUUGGCCAGGGAUGCUGCACGCUGGAGCUGCCUUUGCUUUCAGUGGGCAGCUGUACCUAGGGUGCAUUUGGUGCAGAUCCAGGUCAGAUCUGCUAAUGGAAAAGGAGAUGUGCAAUCACUCGGCAGCACAUCUCCUGCCCGUGAUGGAUUUUGCACGGGCAAAUGGCAAUUCCCAUAGCAAGAGAUGGAACUGAGGGCCGUGUCUGCCUCCCCAACAGAACCACAGAACCCUAGAAUGGGCUGGGUUAAAAAGGACCAGCAUGAUCAUCCAGUUUCAAACCCCUUUGCUAUAUGCAGGGUCACCAACCAUCAGACCACUGUGCUCAGCCAUGCCAUGCGCUGCUGGGGCUCCGUGGACCAAAGUCUGUGUGUCCAAAGGGGGGGAAGGAACAGAACAACUUCGGGGCUCGAUGCUCCAACUCAAUUGCGCUCCGUGAGCUCCGGGAUCGUACACGAUGGUGCCGUGGAAGCUCCGCCCGCUGGGGGCCGUCCGGCCGCGGUUGCGCAGUCAUUGCGCGCAGCGCCAUGAGCGAGGACAAACUGCGCGUGGUGCGGGACCGAGUGCGGUCAUUCCCCGACUUCCCCGUGCCUGGAGUGCUGUUCCGUGACAUCAGCCCCCUGUUGAAGGAUCCUGUAGCUUUCAAGGCUUUGAUUGAUCUUCUGGAAGAUCACCUGAGGGCAUCCUUCCCCAAAAUCGAUGUCAUUGCAGGUCUGGACUCCCGUGGCUUCCUCAUAGGCCCCCCCCUGGCUCAGAGACUGGGGGUUGGCUUCGUGCUGAUCCGGAAGAAGGGGAAACUCCCCGGCCCCACUGAGUCCAUCUCAUACAGCCUGGAGUACGGCAAGGCUGAACUCGAAGUCCAGAGUGAUGCUGUGGAAGCAGGACAAAAAGUGGUCAUUGUGGAUGACUUGCUUGCAACCGGAGGUACGAUGCGUGCAGCCUGCGAGCUGCUGGCGAGGCUGAAGGCUGAUAUCCUGGAGUGCCUGGUGGUCAUUGAGCUGAAGGCCCUGAGAGGGGCAGCCAAGCUGGAAGCCAUCCGUUUCCACUCCCUGCUGCAAUACGACUGAGGCUGCUGCAGCACCUCGGGGUGCAGGUGGUGACACUGGGUUGAUGUCACUAUGGGGUGGGCAGCGGGGACCUGCACAAGAAGCUAUGGAAGCUGGAGUCCUGUUCAUUUGCCAAGCCACAGAUCAAAGCAUGCUUAGUGCACAAAUCCUUUUUUCUUUCCUAUUUGAGUUCAUCUCUUUGGGGAGGGGGACCCCAUGAUUUUAGAGGUGCUACCAAGGCAAUGCCAGGUGCUCCAUGGAGCCUCAGGUCCCUCUGCCUGAGCCCAGCCCUGGGCAAGCUCCAAGUGGGUCCUGAGGAGCUCAGAUGGGCGCAGUGCUGCUGUGCCUCGUGGGCUGAGCAGGGUUCAGGCCAGCCCUGGGCUCUCCCACCUCCCCAUCUCAGCAGGGACUGAACUCAGUGAUACAAUAAAUGUUGACUUAUUUUUCUAUUUUUUUCUAA